AUGUGGACCAACAAAGAUGCGUGGCACUUUUUCCUUAGUAACUUGCGUCAACAUGUUGUCACUCGGGAUGGUGUGGGACUGAUAUCGGACCGACACGAAUCCAUCAAUGCAGCUGUGGAACGGAGUAACGGAGCAUGGUCACCUCCUAGAGCUUUUCAUAUGUUCUGCAUCAGGCAUAUAGAGUCGAAUUUUCUGCGGAAAUUCAAGGCACCGUACCUCCAAAAAUUGGUCGUCAACAUUGGAUAUUCCAGGACGGUGCGGGAGUAUGAAGUGCGUUACCAGCGAUUACGGGAACGGGGGGAAGCGUAUACCAACUGGUUAAACCGAAUUCCUCGCGAACAGUACGCAUUGGCGUUUGAUGGUGGAUACCGAUGGGGUCACAUGACAACGAAUCUAGUGGAAUGCAUCAAUUCAGUGUUGAAGGGUGCACGCAAUCUUCCUAUUACUGCUCUUGUCAAGGCAACAUUCUACAGGCUAAACGAGCUUUUCACCAGAAAAAGAGCAGAGGCAGAAGCGCGGAUUAAUGCUGGCCAUGUGUUCUCCGAAGUCGUGACCUCGAAGUUGCAUGCAAACCAACUUGCAUCAGGAAACAUACAGGUCAGUUGCUUUGACCGGCAGAAUGAGGUCUUCGAGGUGCGUGAGAUGCCAAGCGGACUGGAGUUUGCAGUCGAUCUACGCGCCCUUCGAUGUGAUUGUGGUGAGUUCCAGGUGGACCGGAUCCCCUGCAGACAUGUGUUCGCAUGUUGCGCAAACCAGCGACUGGAUUGGAAGCUAUAUGUGCAUGAUGUGUAUAAGAUGGACCAAGUUCGGCGGGUGUACCGAGCAAGAUUUAGGCCACUAGGUAACCCGACGACGUGGCCUGCGUACAACGGUCCUCGCUACGUACCGAAUCCGUAUCUGAGACGUGUCUCGAAAGGGCGCCCCAGGAUGACGCGUUUCUUGAAUGAGAUGGACACGCGAAUGUUACGUCGUCCUAGGCGAUGUACGCUAUGUGGAGCUGAGGGACACAGUCGUAGUAGAUGCCGUCAGUCAGCUGGUAGAACUGCCGACGGAGAUGCUCAGUAGGUUCACAUUGUGGUAGGUGUAGAACGUCACUAUUAUGUCAUGGGUUGUCAUUUUGAUAGAACUUGACCUGAUAUGUGGAACAUUAUGUAAUGUUUUUCUGAUGUUUUUAUGUUAAAACGG